AAAAGCAAAACAAAACAAAACUCUAUAGUUGCACCCACUUAGCAGAGAAUCAGCUUGCACUUUGUGUUGAAACAUAACACUACCACUCACACAACACGUACAAGUACAAAUCUGCUAGAGUUGAGGGUUGGUUGCUGUUUGAGAUUUACAUUAGAAUGGCUUCAAGAAUGUUGUGGGCUUCAAGGGCGGCUUCUUACCUCAGGAUCUCUGUGUUCCAUAGAGGGUUUUCUACCGUUUUAAACGAUCUAAAAUAUGCUGAUUCUCAUGAGUGGGUGAAGGUUAAUGGUAACUCUGCCACAAUUGGUAUAACUGAUCAUGCUCAAGAUCAUUUAGGUGAUGUUGUGUAUGUUGAAUUACCUGAAGUGGGAGCUACUGUAAAGCAAGGUGACAGUUUUGGUGCAGUUGAAAGUGUCAAGGCUACCAGUGAUGUUAAUUCUCCUGUUUCAGGAAAAGUGGUUGAAGUUAAUGAAGAGCUCAGCAACUCUCCUGCUUUGGUUAACUCAAGUCCUUAUGAGAAUGGAUGGAUCAUAAAGGUUGAGAUGAAUGACGCCGGGGAGUUAAAGAACUUGAUGGGCUCAGAAGAAUACUCCAAGUUCUGCGAGGAAGAAGAUUCAAAGCACUGACCAGAUGCCCUGGCCAUUUUGCUGAGAGGGAUGCUAUGCAGAGAGGGAUAAUAGCUACAUCCGGGAAGCCAACUGGUUGAGAAAUGUAGCUUUCUUGUUGAUGUUUCAAUCAGACCAUAUACCUUCGUGCCCCCCUAGCUUGGGUUUUGAUUUGGGUGUCAUGUUUUCUUAAAGCUUAGAUCAAGUAAUAAUGAUUUUUGGUUUGGAAGUGAUUUAUCUAUCACUUGUAUGGCAAAUUUGGGUUUUGGUGAUGGAAAUGGUGCUGGUCAGCAUUUUACAAGAUGCUUCAUUAACGAUUAAACAAGUUGAGGUAAAAGGCAAAAUAUUGAUUA